AGCUGAAUCAAAACUAAAAAAACCAAAAUUUCAUAUUCAUUCAUUAUCUAUCAUCACACUCUCAAUCACCCGCUCUCCCAAUAAUAUGAUGAUUAAUCAUAAAGAAAGAUAUCGUUUUCGAUUUUGAUUUUCUGUUCAAAAUUAACUGCUUCAACUAAACCCAACCUCUUUUUUUUUUUACUCCUCACUUGCAGAAGCUAACUAAACCCUAAAAGAAAAAAAAUCAGAAAAAAAGAAUUUUUUUUGUUCUUCUCAUCAUGUCUUUCUUCUUUGGGUUGUUUAUUGGAAUCACUGUUGGUAUUGGAUUGAUAAUGGGUUUUGUUCGUUCUGAGAAUUAUCGAUCAAAACGUCGAUCUGAUUUGGCAGCAACAGUAUCAGCGUUUUCAAAGAUGACAGUUGAAGAUUCUAAAAAGCUACUUCCAUUAGAUUUUUAUCCAUCAUGGGUUGUAUUUUCAGAGAAACAAAAGCUAACAUGGCUUAAUCUUGAGCUCACUAAGAUCUGGCCAUAUGUUGAUCAGGCGGCGUCCGAACUGAUUAAAACCUCAGUUGAACCUGUUCUUGAACAAUAUAGACCUGUUAUACUUUCAUCUCUUAAGUUUUCUAAGUUGACACUUGGUACUGUUGCUCCACAAUUUACAGGAGUUUCAAUCAUUGAAGAUGGUGAGGAUGGCAUUACAAUGGAGUUGGAGAUGCAGUGGGAUGGGAAUCCAAGCAUAGUACUUGAUAUCAAGACGAAACUUGGUGUUUCUUUACCUAUACAGGUCAAAAACAUUGGUUUCACGGGGGUUUUCAGAUUAAUGUUUAAGCCACUAGUUAAUGAGUUUCCUUGUUUCGGAGCUGUUUGUUAUUCGUUGAGGCAUAAGAAGAAGUUGGAUUUUACACUUAAAGUUGUUGGUGGUGAUGUAUCAUCUAUUCCUGGAAUCUCUGAUGCUAUUGAGAGCACGAUACGCGAUGCAAUUGAAGAUUCUAUAACAUGGCCAGUUCGGAAAAUUAUUCCCAUCAUACCUGGGGACUAUAGUGAUCUAGAGCUGAAACCUGUUGGGACAUUAGAAGUGAAGCUUGUACAGGCUAAGGAAUUAACAAACAAGGACAUCAUUGGGAAAUCUGAUCCGUAUGCUGUAGUGUAUAUACGCCCAUUAGCUGACAGAAUGAAGAAAAGUAAAACAAUUAACAAUCAGCUGAAUCCUAUUUGGAAUGAGCACUUUGAAUUUAUAGUCGAGGAUGCAUCUACUCAACAUUUGAUAGUCAAAAUUUUUGAUGAUGAAGGAGUUCAAGCAUCUGAACUGAUUGGAUGUGCACAAGUGUUGUUGAAAGACCUUGAGCCUGGUAAAGUGAAGGAUGUUUGGCUGAAGUUGGUCAAAGAUUUGGAUCUCCAGAGAGACACGAAAAACAGGGGCCAGGUUCAUUUGGAGCUUUUGUAUAUUCCAUUUGGCAUGGAGAAUUCGUUUACUAAUCCUUUUGCUCCAAAGUUCUCAAUGACAUCCCUCGAGAAAGCCCUCAAAUCUGGGUCUGAUGGAACCGAGGCUGGUGAUCUUGAGAAAGCAGCCAACCAAAAGAAAAGAGAGGUCAUAGUGAGAGGAGUACUUUCUGUGACAGUGAUUUCAGCUGAGGAGGUGCCAGCAACUGAUAUACUGGGAAAGGCCGAUCCCUACGUUAUACUGAGUUUGAAGAAAGCGGGAACCAAAAAUAAAACUAGGGUUGUAAAUGACAGUCUGAAUCCAGUCUGGAACCAAACUUUUGACUUUGUUGUGGAGGAUGGUUUACACGAUAUGCUAGUACUGGAACUUUAUGAUCAUGAUACAUUUGGAAAGGACUAUAUCGGGCGAUGCAUCAUUACACUUACCAGGGUUAUUCUGGAAGGGGAAUACAGUGACACUGUCCCUCUAGAUGGUGCCAAAUCAGGAAAGCUGAAUUUGCAUCUCAAGUGGUCGGCACAACCAAUAUACAGAGACUCAACAUGAUGUGUCCAGGGCCGGCCCUGACGUGCAACAUAUUUUUAGGGGCUUCAUUUUUAUUUAUUCGGAAAUGCUAUUCGGUGCUCUAAUCACAGCACUACUUACAGCUCAAAUCCAUGUGUCCCAGUAUUAUUGGUCAAGAUUGUUAAGCUGUGACCCACCUGUUUACCAAAAUCCCAGGGUCUGGAUGUGGUUGAGUGCUAAGUAGUGCUGCAAUAAGUGUGUGGAAUAGCAGCUCGGUUAUUUAUUUUUGUCAAACCUUUUUAACCUAGUUUAAUUGGGGGCCCAAAAAUUAAUUAGGGGCCCUGCCCAAUUUAUACUCA